UCAAAAUGGGUACGUAGACAAGAACGUAAUUGAUAAAAUUGAUUAUUAUUGCCGAUAAAAACAUUAGAAAACACUAGAGACGUGCUCAACGUCAGCAAUAAAACAAAAGUAUGUAAUAGGUUAAGUAGUGCGGCCGGAAAAUCAAAUUUAAGCGUUCUGAAAGAAUUUACGAGAGAAUGUUAACCACAGACGAUCUUUUAGGCCUGGACAGUUAUGCUUUUAAAAGUUCUCCAGAGUCAUGUAGCGAUCAAUCGUAUUCUACAGAUUACAUGGAAAUCACGUCUGAUGAGGAUUUUUUGACUCAACUCUCAUCAGACUUGGAUAUACCGCUGCUACUAAACCCUGGAGAAGAUGAGAUGAGCAUGUUGAAUUCAUUUUUUGAUAAAAGCCCUGAAGAAAUUUUAUCAGACAUUGCUUCACCACCCUAUUCACCGGAUGAAGAAUUAUCAAAGGAGUUGAAUGAAUUGCAACAAAUGGACUUCUCACAAUGGGGUCCUGAUGCGUUCCCGAACCUUCAAUCAGAAAUAAAGGAGGAACCGUCUGAUAACUCCUCGGAUUCUAUAAAACUGUCACCUUCUCAUAAGUCUAACAGUCCUCUAGAAGAUAUCAUAAAAGAUGAAAUAGAAAUCAAAUCCGCCCCUGCAUCCCCUCGCAGCCCUAGCUCCAGCUGUUCCAUCAUUGUGGAGAGUACCGACAAUAGUUUUACUACCAAUUCAAAUAAAAUCGUGUACGCCCAACCCGUACAGAUAGUUCCUCAAAUUAAAACCAUAACCAAGCUACCACCAAAGCGGAUUCCGAUUAUUCCUAAAAGUCCUUACACGAUACCCGUUACAAGUAAUAAUAAAGUUGUCGUGAUAAAUAAUAAUGACUUUAAAAUUAAUCCGCCGGUUAUAUCAAACCCUAGUAAUGUGGUAACGGCUCCUAACGUUGUCGUUUUGGAAAAUUUAAGGACAGUUCCUAUAAAAAGUGUGGCUACUUUGCCGCAAUUCUCGACCACCACUGCCCAAGUACCAGCGACUACCGUUGCCAACAUCACCCAAGGUGUUUCUAUCCCUUCUUCGGUUGUUAUUGGUGGCGGUAGUAGAUUUUCAGUUGGUGUCGGUGCAAAUGUCGAUCCGAAAAUCUUGAAGAGGCAGCAGAGGAAAAUAAAAAAUAGGGAAUCAGCGUGUUUGUCCAGGAAGAAGAAAAAGGAUUAUGUGACGUCUUUAGAGGAAAAAGUUAAGGAGUUGACUGCGGAAAACGACAGGUUAGAAGCGGAGAAUGCUCAGCUGAAAGAAAGGCUGGCACAAUACGAGGACAGUCCAUUGAAUCAGUCGCAGAAAGUUAAGAAAGGCGUCAAACAAAGCAUAGUCCUUUGUAUGGUGUUAUUACUAGUAGGUGUAAAUUUAGAUUUUAUAAGGAAUCCGUUUAGUACAAAAAACCAGUUAGACAUUAUACGUAGAGAUAUACCAAAGCUGAGUCCCCACAAUGGUCGAAGUCUAUUGUGGUCCGCGGAAGAUAAAGAGGAGAACAAAACUUCAAAUUUUUCACCGCUUUUCAUGUGUCCCGCCACUAUUAACCAGACAGAGACCGCCAGGUUGGUCCUCGAGUUAGAAAGGUGGAUAGGCAAGCCCGCCGACCUCUCAACCAAGGAGAACCUGGGAAAAAACAACACGCAGCAGAGUAGAUCCUCACGGGUCAAACUGAGGAAAAAAAAGUACAAAGCAGACAGCCCCAUGUUGUCGUCUGUUUACAGGCGUGAGAAAAACAGAGCUAAGCAAGAACUAAAACUCGAGGUCAGGAACGAGAUCCAAGUGUUUGCCCCUACGCCAGAACAACUAUAUUCCGAAUUCUUCGAGGCGAUAAAUCGGCAGGACGAUACCUUCUACGUGGUUUCCUUCACCGAUCAGCACUUGCUGUUGCCCGCCUUGCACCACAACAAAACCCGGAGGCCCAAAAUGUCGCUGAUCAUGCCCUCCAUGCUACCGAACGGCACCGUCUCGCAGUCGUCCUUGAUCCCCCUGAUGCAGAUCGAUUGCGAGGUUCUCGACACGAGACUCAUACACGUCAAGCAGGGGGCCAUACCUCAACAUUUGAGGGCUUACGGGAACGCGACGGCGGAAAAAGACCCGUCUACUGACAGUAAACUGGUAGCGCCUCCUGUAAAACCCAAAUUGCCUUUGCCUCGCCUAUUGUCUUACCAUUCCGGACGGGUUUGAUAGGGCAUUUGUGGGGUGUGUGUCGUUUUAAUUAUUUCAACUGUCCCACCGUUAGGUGAGUAUUGUAAAAAGACAGGGGGGAUUGGGAGUCUUGGCUGUUCCCAGGCCAGUUGAUUCGCAGAAGAAAACUUGGCACCCUAAAGAAAAUUGCAAAAAGUUGCACAAUAUUUUGUUGAAACUUUUGUUAAUAUCGGAUUUGAGCUCUUAAAUUAUAUUUGAAAAACUGCGUUGAAAUCAUUUGUUUAUAAAGAUAAUUUAAUGAUGUUUGUAGGCACAUCCUGUAUCUCUACUAGUAGAUAUCCGUAUAACCUUCCAUUGCACUUGCAACUCGGCAGUAUCUAUUUUAUUUGGGUCGCUAAAUGUUUUUUUUCGGUUUUUGGUUUGCAUUUAUGUAUCAUAGAGGGGGAAUUCCGACUCCCAAAACCCCCCCUUAAGACUGCUGAUCUCUGAUUUGUUAUUUUCAAUAUGAUUUCCGUUUUAAACUAUGUUUAAAUAUCACUGACAAAGAAUUUUUUUUCGUAUCGUAUAAUUCAUUAAACUUUUUAUAUUACAUAUCAGACAAAAAAUAAUACGGUUUUAAGCAACGUUUAGUGCCUUUGUUAGACAGAAUUGAACUGUAGCAGUUGUUUUUUUGUCACACGUCUUUUUAUAAAAGUUUAUAUUUCUAUUAUUUAUAGUUUAUAUAGAACGUGGAAAUCUGUAAAACCAUUAAAUCAAAAUUAUUACAUUGGUUUCCGUAGAGUGGGUGGAGCAAAUUCGAUGGGAUUGUGGUUGCCUCCAAAAAUUGUGUGAUAAAACUUGACACCAAAUCCCAUAAAAUUUGAUCCAUCCUGUGCAAAUUUAAAAUAUUUUGUAAAUACAGGAUGAAUUUCUGUGGUUAUUAAUUUUCCGUCUGAACGACAAAAGAGUGAUUGCAAAAAACCUGUUUUCACCGGGAUUUUCACAAUUCGCAGAGAAUUUAAAAAAAUACAUAAACAUGUUUUUGGUCGCAAAUUACUUGUCGUAAAAAACUGA